CUGCCGGCUACAUCCGGUAUCAUAGUGACAGCAUCCUCCGCUGAUGGAGACUGAAUGAAGCCACGUUACUGCUGCUGCUGUUAUUGGAGAGAAACUUAUUGUGUUUUACCUCUUAGUGUCUCGUUCCUGCUCUACUCCUGUCCAGUGCUGUUUCUUUUAUAUAUACGAGAGAUUUACGGACUGAAACAUGGCUACAGCUCCUAUUCCUCCGCCUCCACCACCACCACCACCUCCUAAAUCCUGUGGAAACCAGCCUGGUAGUUCCAGUCCUCCUCCGUGCCCCGGGCACGCUGCAAUACCAAUUUAUCCUAAUAACGUCCCUCCAGUCCAGGAGACAAGUCCUCCUCCAGAGGCUGUUCAGUAUGCACAGGGUGCACCAGCCUCACCACCGCUCCCAGUUCAAAAUGAACCCCAGUCUCCUCCGCCAGAAGGACAAGAAGACAAUCCCUCCGAUAGUGAAGAGAAAUACGUUCCAGUGCAGGAAACAGGCCCUGCACCACAGACGGCCGAGCAGCAAGAUGAAGCAGAGCAGGCUGGAGAGGACCAAUUGAUCUGAAGCACUUUAGUCACUUAAAAACAAAGACACCAAGUACUUGAAAGUGCUGUACUGAACUGCACUGAAACUCUGUUACAUGGUA